GUCCACGGCCAUACCAUCCAUGAGAGCGGUCAGGCCAAGGGCACUGUGAUGGAGGCCGCUCUGCGCCUGGGAUGGGAGCCAAGGAAAGUGGACAAGCUCAAGGAUACCUACGUGGUGCCCACCGAGCCACCGACCAUCCUGAGGGUGCUGGUCAUCCCGUUCGUCCUGCUGGACGGCCAACCAAACGUCCUCCUCUGCUGCAAGAACGGGCGGUGUGAGCCACCGGGUGGCACCCUCGACGACCUCGACGUGUCGCUGGUGGCGUCUUGCAACGCCACGCAGAGCCUGGCCUCAUGCGUGGAUGCCCGCCGACUCGGAGAAUCUGUGCUCCGCUGCGCCGCACGCGAGGCGAAGGAGGAGCUCGGCGCCGCCGUGCCCCCUGGCAUGUACGCCACCUCCGCCAGGCCGAUGCCCGCGUGGCUCCGCGACGCGCUCAAUGCACCGGGUGCUGUGGCGCGGCGGCUGGGGGACGCGGAGUGGAACUGCCUCGAAGGCCGAGAGAAGGUCAAGAUGGGCGGGAUCCUGCGUCUCGCCCUGCAGACCUGCGCGAUAUUCCUUGGCUCGGCGCCGCCGGGCACACCCGGCGGCCUGGAGUACAGCGCGAUCGACGCUGCGAAGGAAUGGAUGGCAAGCCGAAGGAGAUUCGCGCCGUGCCCGUCUCCGAGCUUGGCCGGCUUGCGCCCGAGUUGGGGGAAGGCCUGGGCGACUGGAGCCGCGACGCCCUCGGCGGAGAGGCGGUGA